AUGUCUCAGAAUGACGUCAGACAAUUCAUUCAAGACCAGAUCAAAAUACUCAACAGUCCUCUAGUUCUCGAUGAAGAACUCAAAACCUUGUGUCGGGCACACAAGCUUUCAGAGGCCAAGAUAAGAAGUAUCUUGUUCAAAUGCAAUUUGCAGAUCAAACGUCACAAUCGAAGCAAGUACGACGAGGCGCUGAUCGACAAUGUGGUCAAUGAAGUAGUCCAAGCCGAACGGCAAUCGGGCGAGGCUAGAGUAUCUCGAUUGACGCAGUUGGAGCAGUACUUGCGUUCGGAUAUAAGCAUAAAGGAGGAAAGCUCUGUCGAACGGCGAACAGAGAUUGUGAACGAUCUUGGCAAAGAUGUUCCCGAAGCGAACGUUCUAGUUCGGGACGACGAUUUGGAUGAGAAGAAUAAAGUGGCCGAGUUUGGCGAUAUAUUAGGCAAUGGAGGGGACGGUGACAGUGGUAUUCGGAGUGAGCAAGAACCAUGCGACACUAGAUCGCAUUCUGGAUCUAAAAAUGAUCAUGGGGAGACAAAGUUGGACAAAGAAUCGGAAGCUAAUGCAAAAGGUACAGAUCCUGCUGGACAGAAUUUGACGGAAUAUGAUAGAUUACGGCAGGCCUACAUCCAGCAAAACGUUGAGCUUCUUUAUCAGGCACAAAAGCUUGAAUACCUUGAUAAACUCUGUAACUCUUUAUCUGUUUGCCAGGGGUCUUUACGAGACGAUAGCCAAACUGAUAUGCGCACAGAAAUGAAUCGGUUCAGUGUUCUUGUGGAGAAAUUGCGAUAUCUGAGAGAACCUUGUUGA